AUGUUGAGUGUGUCGACUGAGAAGGGGAGGGAUGAUAUGAUUCUUCCCCUAACUGGCUUUGCAUACACAAUUGGGGCCAUCUGUUCUUAUUUUUCCUCCUAUCUCCUCUCCCUCCCGGUGUGUGUCAGAGGGAGGGUGACGCCGCAGUUAUUAUUAGUUCUUCCUUGUGUAGUCGUCUUUUUUGUUUUUGUUUUUGCUCUCGUUUUGCGCGCAUCUUUCAGCCAUAACCACUUAGUUUUCACUUUCUCCUGCGUGGCCAACCCAUUUUGGUGGAGUGCCUAUGUGUGA